CGGGACGCGGCCACCUGGAGGACCGUGGGAAUGUCACAGUCUGUAUUUCUCUUUUCUCCGGGAAUUUAGAGAGUCAACAGAGGACGAUGACAACCUCAAACCACGAAGACUGAAAGAAAUAGAGAAAUCACAGCACUCCUGCAAGAGUCAGCGACUACAAGAGGAUGAACUCACUGCACAGACAGCUGAGUCAACUCGGAGGGGCAUGGAGGUGGAAGAGGAGGGUCAUGUUUUCUCUCUACCCAGCCAGUGGCUUCCUCUGCAGGACCUUCUGCUCCAGCACUUCACAACUAGAUCCGAUAGAGAUCCACAAGAGGAAGCUAACCCUGUGGUUCAGCCACCUUCCACAAGAGGAGAAACAGUUUGGAGGCUACUUCAGCCCAGAGACCAUGCAUGUGGAUCCUCUGAUCCUGGAGAGGCAGCCCGAGGACAGGACGGGAUUCCUCAGCCACCCGAGCCAAACUCCCUCCAGCCCCUCUUUCACUGUGGAAGAGUUGUUUGAGCCCACUCGGAUAUGUUGUCCGGAUCGGGGACCCACUGUCUUGCUGUAUGGGGCCGUGGGAACAGGAAAAAGUACCGUGCUCCGGAAGCUAGUUCUGGACUGGUGCACUGGGAAAACCCUGACACAUUUCAAGUUGCUGAUACCUUUCUCCUGUGAGGAUCUUUCUCAGCUGACGAAGGCAACAUCCUUAAGGGACCUGGUGAGGAGGAAGUACCUUCACUUGGGGAAAACCCCCCUGCUAAGUGGGGAGGCGGAUCAAGCUAAGGAUGUGCUCUUUGUCUUCAAUGGGAUGGAAAAGAUGAAGCUGGACUUCCGUAUUGGAUCCACAGAGCUCUGCAGUGACCCCAACGAGGCGCUGCCUGCUGGGGUCGUGGUGGUCAAUCUACUGAGGAAGUACCUCCUUCCUGAGGCCAGUAUAUUGGUUACCACCAGACUGUCUGCCCUGGACCGCAUCCCUGAGAGAUAUGUGAAUCACUAUGCACAGAUCUGUGGCUUCAGUGACCCAGAUCGCCAGAGGGCCUACUUCACCAGCCGCUUGCUGCAGCAAACUAGGGAGAGCCCACAAAACCACGAGGCAGAGGCUCUCAUACAGCUGCUCUACCUCAACCUCCAGAGGGAGAGCCAGCUGGCUACAGCCUGCUUCCUCCCGUCCUACUGCUGGCUCACCUGUGCAACCUUACACUUCCUCCAUUUCACCGAUGCCAAUGCACCCAUCCGCACACUGACUGGCAUUUACACCAGUUUCCUUAGGCUCAACUUUGGAGGUGAAGUGAUGGGCAUGGGGGCUGGGACUGGCAUGCCUAUUCAGGAGCACCACAACUCCUUGAUGCUGUAUGUGGUUCGAACAGUUGGGAAACUCGCGUUUGAUGGUGUGACAAACAAGCGCACUUCAUUCUCGGAGCAGGAACUAGAGCAGUGGGUAGGAGGUAAAACAAAGACAGAUGAGGAGCUGCGUCAGCUCGCAAUGUUUCGAACUGAUGUGCUGGACUUCUUUUUGAUUCCAUGUGCGGAAAGUGGUAAGGGUUUUCCGAGGGAAGUGAGUGAGAACGACGAGAGGCGAUAUGUGUUUGCGGUCCCAGCGAUGCAGGAGUACUUGGCCGCUCUCUAUGUGGUCCUUGGAGAGAAUAAAUCUGCACUAGAGAAGCUUACAAGGCAGGUGACUGUGGCAAUUGGCCAGGCAGGUGAGGAUGUCAAUGCCCUCAUCAGUAUCCUUUCCAAAUUCAUACCUCUCCGUAUCUUUGCUCUCUUCAACCUCCUCAAGCUUUUUCCAAAGUUGUUUGAGCAAAUCAGCAGUCGUAACAAAGGCAAGAUUGCCAGAACCAUGGCAGCGGAGAUGUUCCGUACGGAGGAUAGCUUCAACGAGGACGUCCUGGAUCAGGUGGAGCAGCACCUGCUGGGAGUCCAUGGCCCACAGCCACAACAGCUCAGUGAAAGCCAGCCCUUUGAGCUGUACCCCAUCUUCAUGGGUGGCCUGUUGCAUUAUGGUAACCGUGUCCUUCUCCAGCAACUUGGCUGCAGCAUCAAGAGCACCACUGUGUCCCAGAUCACACAAGCCCUGAGGAAAUACCUAGUCAGAGAGCUCAGCAAGCCGCAGCCACCAGAGGAGCUGAUGGAUCUGUUGGUUCUGCUGUAUGAGUUUCAGAACCCCAGACUGAAUGCUGAGGUUCUGCACUCCAUCAGAAGCAUCCGCCUCAGCAACGUUCGUUUGACGCCGCUCAAAUGCUUCGUUCUGAGUUCUGUACUGUCAUGUGCUCCUUCCAGCUAUCACCUCCAAGAGCUGGACCUGUCCUCUUGCCACUUGACCAAUCACAUCCUCGAGAUGCUGUUGCCCGCCUUCAGACACACAAGUGACCUCAACCUGCAGUUUAACAGCCUGGGUCCUGAGUCCUGCAUUAUCCUGAGAGAUCUGCUACUAGACCCCAAGAGUUCAAUUAGAUCUCUACAGCUGUGUGAUAAUCCUCUGCUGGAGUCUGGUGCCUGCAUCCUGCUGGAGGCUCUGCCGAAGAACCAGUCGCUGAGGCACCUGUCCCUGAUGCACACUGGCAUCGGGGACCAGGGCGCUCUGCAGCUGGCCGAGCGGCUGCACCAGCACACUGGCCUCCAGGAGCUCAACGUCGCCUACAACAACAUAGGAGACAACGCUGCCCUCGCCCUCGUGGACGCCUGCAGGGAGCAUCCCAGCAUACACACCGUGCAUUUGUAUCUGAACCCCCUCAGUGAUGUGGGAAAGCAGUCCCUGUACGUACGCGGCGUUCCCAGGGAGCACGGCGGCUCCGGCAGGCGGGUGAAGGUCCUGGCCUCAGUCACCGAGGGAUCAGACGUCUCCGAGGACUGGCACCCUAUCCUCAGCGUGAUCCGAGAGAACGCCUCAUCCUGGGAACGGGAGCGCGUACGGCAGCAGCUGCAGGUGUUCCUCAGGGAUCUGGAGUGGGGUCGUCAGCAGCAGCAGAGCCUCUGGAAGCGGCUGCACUUUCGCCGGGUGGAGAAGGGAGUCCGGCAGACAUUACGGAUGCUGGAGAGGGACACAUUACCUCGACCCACAGGAUACAGCAAGUAACCAGUGACAAGAAGCAGCUGAAAGACGCUGGAAUACUUUCAGUUUAUUUAAGCAGCAUAUUUAGAUCUUGAGUGUUUCCAUACAAAACGUAAAUCUGAACCUAUUUUUUAAAUUAGGGUACAGGAUAAGCACUUAAAAGACUGGUGCAAUGAUACUAAGGAAAAAUAGAAGGUUACUUUUUAGUGGAAGAUGGGAGUCCACAUGUUUCAACCUGUUUAUUCAUGUGUUUCACAUGACAUCACUCUAUGUGCAUCUUAGGGACCUACUGUGACAACACACUUAGCUAAUGCCAAUGGGAAAUGUAGCAGCUGCACACGUUACACAUCAAACUGUUCAGUGUCUUCUGAUGAAUCUGUUGAUUCUCGGCUCGAAGCAAUUUCACUUCUACUUUUUACACUACGGCCUUCAAAACGCGGCAACGCCAUGUCCAAGACAGGCUUUUCCAGCAGAAACCAGCCAUGUUCCUUUCUGUGUUCGUUCCCACAGUGGCAAUCAAACAUAUACGUUCUGUAUAUCAAACUGCUCAGUGUCUUGUGCAGUGUGCCGUAAUGUCAGGAGCAAAGCAGUCUCUGUUUGACUUUAAAUGCUGUGACCUUUGGAAGCCAGCAACACCGUGUUCAACACAGGUUUUGCAAGCAGCAACCACUUCAAACCACAGCAUCGGUGCCUAAUAUGGUGCCUGCAGUGAACAAGUGAAACACAUGGACAGGUAGCAUGAGCAAAAUGGAUAUGAUCAUCUCAUAUGUACUUUUGUAAAAGUUUGAUUAUGCAAGGACGAACAUUUAGAUGUCGUUAUUGUCUUCGUCAGUCUGAGGCACCAAGAAGUGGUAUCAACAUGUGACCUCCUGAUUCAGCAGUCAAGGAGGAGGAGGAGCUGCUUCAGUUAUUCAGUUUACUCUUUACCACAUCCACAACAUUUAAGUAGGUUUGAAACUUAUUCACACCUACAUAUAUGGUUGAUGUGGUAAGGAGUAAACUGAGAAGUUGAAAACCUUCCUUUCCUCCACAGGUGAGGAGGAGAAAAGGUUUUAUAUAUGCUGAUGUCAUUUCCUGGUGACCCCCUUCUGCUGAGGCCACUUUUCAUUUGUUAAGUAGCUGCUAGUACCUUAACCGUUUUAGUGUAACUGCUGUUAAAAAUAGGUCACCAUAUUGCAGUGAUAAUCUUCAUGGUUUGUUAUUAUGUCCUGUUGUGUGAACUGCCACAGUGUCGUGAGGUAUGAAAAGCCAUUUCGACGACACUGCAGUUUUUAAAGUCGUUGCAAAAAACAUGGAUUAACAGUGAAGUGUCCUUCUCAUGCUGCUGUGGCAUGGGCGCAAAUUUAGUGGGGGUCAGGGGGGACAAGUCCCCGCCAAUAUUUAUAAAAGAUAAAUUUGUCCCCCCCAAAAAAUAUCAUGAGAUACAAACCCCUCACUAAUACAGGUAAUAUAACAAUACAGAGUGGCAAAACACUUGUAAAAUCGUUCAUAAUUGUUUUCCAAAAAAGAAUUACACCCCGAUGCUUGGACCAUACCAUUUUUACGUUGGCACCCCUCUUGACCCCCUGGCCCCCCACUAAAUGCAAUGUCUAAGGGAAAUUUGCGCUGCUGCGCUGUGGCAUUACAGUCAGUUCUUUAAUUCAUGCAUCUACAGUUUGAGCACAUUGAAGAGCUUAUCUGCACGGGGUCAGCAGGGGCAGUAUCCCAGACGCUUCCUAUCUUAAGUCUUCAGAUAGGAAAAGUCUAAGAGAGAAUUUUUCCCAAUUCAGUAUUACAGAAGCGAAUCCUAACUAAUUUUAGGAACCGUAUCUUAUCUCAGGGUCCUAAAUACUCAAAUCUAGCAUUGGCUAUCAGCUUUUAUGUCUGUUACCUUGGAGCUGAUGCUAUUUUUCUCUUCUUGCCAAGCUAAAUGACUUUGAGUCUCUCCCCCCUUACAAACGGUAUCUAAUGAACAGUGCAUUUGCUAUUUGCUGUUGUCAGUUUGGUUAAAUUUCAAGACUUAAAGGGUUGAGAUGUUUUACACAAGGAGUGCUAUACAUUGUUUGGUCUCCCAUGAAGCAUAAGUUCCACCUUUGGACAUUUUGUUGGUUGUAUAAAAGCAAGAAAAGAGCAGCCAUGUGGACAGUGUUUAUGCUGAAGUCAGGAGGGUUUAUUUAAGAUUUUGGAAGUUAGGAUGCUCCUGUAAUACACUUUUCCUAUCUUACGUUAGCAGAGGAAUAUUAAUUUAGGAAUUGUUAAUCUACAAUGACUAUUGGUUACCAAACAGUGAAGACAUGAUCUGCAAGUGAGGGAGUUUCUGUCAUAUGGGCUUUGUUCUGUAAUUACAUUUGAGCUACAAAAACAACCCCGUGUAUUCCAGGGAGCUUGAUCCUCACCUGCACUUAAUGACCUGUUGUUGUCUUCCUGCUUUUUUUUUUUUUAUUUAUUUAUUUUUUUUUUGGCUCCCAUGUAACGCUGAGCCAUUUAUCAAAACAUUAUCAAAAUUGCUAUAUGGCCAAGUGCAAUAUCCAAAUCGCAGGAGCUGCAGGGUUUUAUGAUAUAGGUCAAAUAUAUGAGAAAAGAUUCUUGUAAAUUAUUGUGGUGCUACGGAGACGCUCGGGCCUACAAACUGCAUUUUCCACUCGACAGAAAGCAAAAAGUUUGUCUAAUGGUACAGACCCCAGCAAAAAUCAUGCCAUCAUCAUUUCAAUAGCGUUUUCGGUGAAAACUGAUUCUUACUAACGGCAUGAAACAUAUCACAAUCUCAGUAUCUGUAAAAUUAAUCCACAAGAUUGUUUAAUCCAUGCUAAAUUGUGUGUCUGCAGACUGAAUAACUUCACCGUUUGUGCAUUUAAAGUGUGUGUUACUUCUCCAAACAGCUGAGCAGCGGUGCCUUCUUCUGUUACUUAUAGGUAGGUUGUUAUUACAGUCGUGCUUCUGUAGUUUUGACUGACCUUGUCAGUUUAUGUCGGUGAUAUUAUGGUAUUCUAGCUUUUCAUGUUUGAAGCGGUGCCACAACCAGUGUCACUGUUUUAUAGUGAUGGUGGUUGUCGCUGCGUCUCAGUGUGUCUGUCCAUGUCAGUCUGUCAGUGAUUUUAAUAACGAGAACAGUGUUUCUUUAUUCAGGGUUUCAUUUCAUUUCCUUAACAAAAGU